CUCCACCGCCGAUUCGAUGGGCUACAAAGUCAACUGAAGAUGUAUUGCAUUGAAACUUGGGCAAAUUAACGUUUGACAAGGCUGACUGCACGCGGCGUCAGCACAUUCGAACACACGCGGGUAGCAUGAGUUGCUGUUUUCAGUGCUGGUCAAACGCACCGCCGGCGAACCUGUCCAUAGCACCCACUGAGGGGUCGACUGAGGAUGAAGAAGAUUCACAAGACAGAGUGCAGAGUAUCCUGGACCUUGGCCAGAAGCUCAGCAAGGAGGGCAAAGCUAAAGAGCUCGGUAACCUGAUCAAGACGACACGCCCUUUCCUUAACUUGAUCAGUAAAGCGAAAGCGGCCAAGUUGGUUCGCGCCCUUGUCGACAUGUUUCUUGACAUGGAGGCUGGCACGGGUCUUGAGGUGGAACUGUGCAAGGAGUGCAUAGACUGGGCUCAGCACGAGAAGAGGACUUUCUUGCGGCAGUCCCUAGAGGCACGGCUUAUAGCCCUCUACUAUGACACCGGACGCUACACUGAAGCUCUUCAGUUAGGGAGCAGCCUGUUAAAGGAGCUGAAGAAGCUGGAUGACAAGAACCUGCUGGUGGAAGUGCAACUGCUUGAGAGUAAGGUGUACCAUGCCCUGAGCAACCUGCCCAAGGCACGUGCUGCCCUGACCAGUGCUCGCACAACAGCCAAUGCCAUCUACUGUCCCCCCAAGUUGCAAGCAGCCCUUGACUUGCAGAGUGGAGUGCUGCAUGCUGCUGACGAACGUGAUUUCAAGACGGCUUUCUCCUACUUCUAUGAGGCAUUUGAGUGCUACGACUCGGUCGACUCUCCAAAGGCCCUUAUAGCACUGAAGUACAUGCUGUUGUCCAAGAUCAUGCUGAACUUGCCAGAAGACGUGCAGUCCAUUGUCAUGGGCAAGCUGGCCCUGCGGUAUGCGGGGCCCCAGGUGGAAGCUAUGAAAAGCGUUGCCAAGGCCAGCCAUCGCCGCUCACUCGCCGAGUUCCAGGAGGCACUGAAGAAGUUUGAGCACGAACUGGUGGAUGACCCCAUCAUACAGGCGCACCUAGACACUCUCUACGAUACUAUGCUGGAGCAGAACCUGUGCCGAAUUGUGGAACCGUACUCACGUGUUCAGGUAUCCCACAUUGCCAGCACCAUCAAGCUGCCCAUGGAAAAAGUGGAGAAGAAACUGUCCCAGAUGAUCCUGGACAAGAAAUUCAGCGGCAUCCUUGAUCAAGGAUCAGGUGUGCUGAUCAUCUUUGAGAACACCACUGUGGACAAGACCUACGAGGCAGCGCUGGAGACCAUCCAGAGUAUGGGUCGUGUAGUGGACUCCUUGUAUCAGAAAGCCAAGAAACUCUCCUAGGAGUUGGUGUUUCUUUCUUGCCCUCCCCUGCUCCCGCCCCUUCCUUUUUUUUAUAGCCGCGCCUUGUCCCAUGUCACCACCCUGCCCUCUGUAUAUAACACCUCGCCCAGUUGACCUUCGUCCUACCCGGCUCCUUUUUGGAAGGAUAUAAAUCCAUUCACAUGGAAGAAGAGAGAAGAUAAAAAGAUAAUAAAGCAGUCUUUGGAAAGGAC